AGUCAUUCGUGGUGUCUAACACAAGAUGGUUUCGCGUUUGCGUUGAUAAAAUUUUAUAUUUUUGUUGUUUUUGCUUGAAAUAAUUUUUGUGUGUAUUUUCUCCGAAUCGAAAAGCCGCGACUAUUAGAAAACACCGAAAUUAUUACUUGUGAUAUUAGUGCAUAUAGUGAGCAAAUUGAAACAAUCAAUGAUUCAAUGACAGUGCUAUAAAUGUGAUAAAGAAAUAUUUUGAUUGUUGUUUCGUCCAUCUGGAUUAUAAUGGACCACAAAACGUUCGAAAAAGCCAAUUCAAUUCGUCGACAUUCUAUAUACGUGUGACUGUAGUUGACUUGUUCACGUAAAAAUACCAAUCAUACAAAAAAAAAAUAUUGGUCAAAUUGACCUAUUAUCUGUGCCACUGUGUUAACCAAGUAAACGGAUAGAUCAAGAGAGAAGAAAAAAAUUUGGUAAAAUGUAAAUAUUGAAAUUUGUGCUGUUUGCCAAGUCAAAAAAAAAUGUUCGACGUUGUAAUUAAUAAGUGUUUUGAAGGUUUUUUGUCGUGCAAAAACAGAGUUUUUUUUUUUAAUUCAUUCAAUAUAAGUCAUUAAUGGGUAUAAUACGAAAACGUCAUUUACGAUUUUUUAUAUGUGUGGUGUGUGUGGUUUUAUAAUAAAUAUUUAAAUUAAAUUUUACGUGCCAUAUACUUACUUUACGAAAAUUACGUCUCGUCCAUGAAUUAGUAAAUAAAUAAAAAAAAUUAUUUAAAGUAUGUAUCAGCCAUAAGUGUGAUUUACGUUUACAAAUUAUUUACUGUUUGUUUAAGUAAUUGAUACAGUGAAAAUACCAAAAAGAAUAUGUGUGCUCAAUCAAUAAUUUGUCCGAUCAAAAUGUGUGGAAAUAUCUCUUCAAUGAAUGCUAUCUGAAUCAAUUUAUUAUGUCCAUGCGAAAUCAGCAUAAUCAUUCGAAUAGCAACGGUCAUCAUCAUCAUCAUCAGGAUACAACGGCUGUUGUCGCUAUGCACAAAUCGGUAACAAUAGUGACAGCUCAGCGUAGCAAUUCGCUAGAUUAUUUAAAUUUCGAAGAAAAACGUCAGCUGAUCGCAUCGUCUCUGUCGCUGUCAGAGAUUUUAUGUGGUCCGGCUGCUGUACAUGCGGCAAAAGAGGUAGCCGUUAAUACUGUCAUCGCAAAAAAACAAAAUGGUGCUGCAUUACGAACAAAUAGUCUAGGUACUGGUAUACGAACACCACCAUUAGAGCGAAAAAGCAAAUUUAGUGCUUUAGGACGAUUUUUCAAACCGUGGAAAUGGAGAAGAAAAAAGAAAAGCGAAAAAUUCGAAGCCACAUCAAAGUCACUAGAAAGAAAAAUAUCAGUACGUGCCAAUAGAGAAGAACUCGUCCAAAAAGGUAUACUGCUUCCUGAAAGUCCAAUUUCAACCAUUCCUGAAAUUUUUGGCGAAACGAAUUUCACCGGUUUGAUAAAUCAGAACAAUAACUCAUCUAAUUCCACAAAUGUGUCUUCUGUCGGUACAUCUGUGUCGGUACAGCAAAUAUGCCAAUCAAAUGGGAACAAUAAUUUGGUGCCACAUUCUUUGUCCGCGCAUGAAAUUGGACAAGUACCUCUAACACCAUUAGCGCAACAUCAACAAGCUCUGCAUCAACAAUUACAAUUGCGCUUUGCCAACAGUAAUAAUUCAGAACCACGAAAAGAGAAGACUGAUGUUUCGUCGGGCGGCAAUGGAACGUUGUCACCGAGCAGUGAACAAUCAUCACAGGGUUCACUGCUGCCUCCGGGUGGAGGCAAUCAAACACCCAAAUUAGAAAGACCGAAUUCGUUGGGACAAAAUAAAGUGUCCCGACGAGUUAUAUGUUAUCAUGGUGACCAUUACGAAGGUACUGGUCCGCCAGGUAGUACCCCACCGCCACAUUCUUCAGAUGGUCAUCAUAUGCAUCAUCAAAUGCCUAGCCAUAUAUUAUUGUCGGAACUUCCAGAACCACCAAUACCGGUUUCAGAAAUCGGACCUAUUCCACCUCCGCCAAUGUUUUCAACACCGAGUCCAACAAUGAUGACUAGUCGUCAGCAGCAUGGUCCUAUAUUACCAUCGUAUAGUGCAGCUCAGCAGCAACUACAACAACAGCAACAGCAACAACAUCAACAUAUGCUACAGCAACAGAUGAAUUAUAAUGACUAUGACUAUGACGAUCAAGACGAUCCCGAUCAGGAUGAGCUAGACUCCGAGGAAGAAUAUAUGUUUUCAAUGCAACAACCAAAUCCGAACAUCGAUACAAUGCGUGUCGAAGAGAUUCCGGCUAAAGAACCAGUAUUUAAUGCAGUGCCGAAAAAAUCGGCACUCAAAAAGAAACCUAGCUCAAAUCCUGGCACGCCCACACAGGACACGAUGAACCGACCGUUGAUUGUACGCCAAGACAAUAAUUCAACAUUGAAGCCAAUUCUUCGACCGAGGAUUAGAAUAUGCAAUCGACCGAUUCGUUUUGCCAUUGGCAUACCGUCAACUCUAGAAAACAAAGAAAAUGCCCAUCCAUACGUAAUACGCGAAGACAACGAUAGUGAUCAAAGUGAUGGACCCAUUUUGUACCGUGAUGAAAAUUCCUCCGAUCGUCAGACGAAAAUCGCCAGGAAGGAAAGUCUAUCGCAAAAGUUAGCAUUAAGACCGAACAUGGAUGAGCUGAUCAGUCGUAAUAUAUUGCAUAUGCAAUCUGAAAAUGAGCGGCAAGAAUCGAAAGAGGCUAUCGGGGCACGACUAAUACGACGGUUAAGCUGUCGACCGACGCCUGAAGAACUAAUAGAAAGAAACAUUCUGAAAAGUACUACAUCGCCAGCGGAAGAAAAGAAGCAAAUGGAAGAAAAGAAGCGCUACCUACUGCGAAAGUUAAGCUUUCGACCGACCGUUGACGAACUCAAGGAAAAGAAAAUUAUCAGAUUCAAUGACUACAUUGAAGUGACGCAGGCACACGAUUACGAUCGACGGGCUGAUAAACCGUGGACGAGACUGACACCCAAGGAUAAGGCUGCUAUACGCAAAGAGCUGAAUGAGUUUAAAAGUUCGGAAAUGGCUGUGCACGAGGGAAGUCGACAUUUAACUAGGUUCCAUAGACCAUGACGAUUGCAAUGGAACAAUAGAUUUGCAGUAAUAAAAAACAAUGUGACUGUCGCAAUUCAUUCUUCCGCAACAAAUUUCGAUGACAGUAAAACUGUUUUCACGAAGCGAGCUGCUGUGAUAGACCUGUUGACGUUAUUAGAAAUGUUACCUAAAAUACUACUAUUAUUUACUAUUUAAUUACAAACAAAAAAAAAGAAAAGAAAAAAAACAACAAAGAAUUACAAACAAGAUAAGCAAAAUCGAUUUUUUAUUUUGAUAAUUUGUUUAGUGAAUUUUCAAAUUUUCUUCUUUUACUACUUCAUCUUUUGUUAAUUUGUAAAGUUUUGUAUAUAUUACAGUCAGGCCUUGUGUUUUUCUUUGUAGAAUUCUGACAUAAAUUUCCCAAUUGUUUUUAUACUUUGUCAUUCAAUUUAUGUUUGUAAAAUAAAAUUUAAAUUACCAAAAUCUAAAAUGAUAUUGAAAGGAGCGUCAGCUGCAUUUUGUUUCACCUUUUUUAGACUAAUAAAGUUCUUGUUUCCAUUUUUUUCUUUCUUUUUUAUUACAGUUGAUCUCUUAACCAAAUUUUUUCUAAUUUUUCUUCAGCUGUCUUACAAGCUGGUCCACUCAUACAAACAAACUUAUAUGUCCUUAUGCUGGUUUCAUAGUCACACGCAAGAGCGUGGUAGUCAUAAAACCGUAUGAACAUAAUCAUUUUGAUUGUAUAAGUGGACCAUUAGAUGGUAGAACAUCUGAAGGAAAUCUAGACACAAAUUUGGUUGACAUUGACUGUAUUUUGUUUUUUUUUUCUUUAUUCACCUUAAUACACUUAAUUCAAUCAAAAAAUGUGAAAGAAAUUAAUUAAAUUUAAAUCACAAUUCCAUGGAUUAAUAUGUAUAACCAAACAUAUAUCCAAAAUUUAAAUAUUAAAUUAAUUUAAAAGAAUUAAUUAAAAAACAUGAAACAAGUAAAUGAAAAUGAUAAUUAUUCACAGAAUAAAAAGUAAAUUUAAAAAAGUGGAAAAAAUAAUUAAUUUUAAUAAAAUAAUUUUAAAAUUAAAAUAAAAAAAAACUAAAAAAAUAUUUGAACAAAAAAUAAAUUUAGAUUUAAAUGUGUAAUCAAAGAACGUUGUACAUAUCCCGUCAAAGUAAAGAUUGUUAAAAUUAUAAUUUUUUUGUUUUCAUUUUUUCAAUGUCUUAUUUUGUUGAUGAUAAAAAAUAGAGAGAAAGAGAAUUGAUUAUCGGAAUUCAUUCGAUUUUUUUUAUGAAAUUCGUAUACUUUUAAGCGAUCAGAUGUAAACAAUUUUUUUUGUUCAUUUAAAAAUUUUCUAUUUUGUAUAAAAGGUAAAUUAACGCAAGGUUGCGCGCAGUUUAAACCCGUUUAUUUCACCAAUAAACAGAGAGCAAUGAAUUUGAGUAUUCAGUAAUCAACAAACAAAAAUAUUAUUCAGCUUUUACAUGUACAAAUAAAUGUUGCGGUGUAGUUUUAAAACAAACAAACAAAAAAUAAAUUUAAAUUAAAUUUUCUAUUUUUACCGCCAUUGAUCGACAAAUUUUCUUUAUUCUAAAAAUCAAGAAAAAAAAAACAAAAAAAAACAUAAAAAUUUUCAUCUAAGGUUUCAGCAAAGCUAUAAGACUAUACCGUUUUCCAACAAAAAAUAUUUUCAACUUGAUCAAUUUGUUGUUUGAGACUCUAAAAAUACCAAUGUUACGUACUUACACUCAAAAGAAAGGAAGAGCUCGACAUUCAGGAUGCCUGGACGUUGUGAUCCCUAGCUAUUUGAUCGGAGUCCUUAUUUCAAUUUAGACAAAUGUUCAUCUUCUUCAUCAUUUAUUUAUUACUGGAAAACGGUACCUAUUCUGGCCUCAUUACUUUGGAAAAUUAGCUCAGUGUCAGUGACUGAACGGCGUGAUUUUUAACUGUGCCGCUAUUUAUUUGACCUUGAUGUUGCUUGGAAAAGUGAUGUUGUUUAUGAUCGCUUUGUUCAACAGACAAUGCAACCAAUUCAUGAUUUUAUGGUAAUGUCAAAACUUCGAUUUAAAUAGAACUCGUAUUUCUGAAAUGAUGUAGAUUAUCCUUCACUGGCUGUGGCAUAAAUCGUUUCUGUUUCGUUCACCUUCGGUUGUCUUGAGCAAAAAAAUAUUUGUCUCGGCCGCAGUGCCGAUGGUUACCAUUUUUUUUUUCUAAAUUUCCAAGCACAUCGAUCAUAAACAACAUUGAGAUGAGGACAUAUAGCGAAAAAUAAACAGAAAAAAUUUGGUCAAUAAAUUUUUUAAAGAACAUUUUUCGAAUAAGCAACCGCAUUCCCAUACUGAAACACAUUAAAUUUUCGUUAACCUUACAGAUGGCAAGCGUAUCAGGGUGUUGUGGUUCUUUUACUUUUUUUCGACUAAAUUUUCAGCUAGUGUUUGAUAGAAAAAUAAUUUACUUCAUUGAGUUCACCUGCAGUUUGUUGUCUGAUAGUGGUGACCGAGGAGCGGAUAAAUUCAUGAGUGACACUGAUAAUUUUUUUGAAAGUGAAAACAUUUUCUUUGUAGAGUUUUAAGGAUUUCCUUUAACGGUUGAGGGUUUUUCUGGAUAUUUUUAGAUUAAAAAAAAGAAGAAUAUUCAGCGACUUUCUUUAAAGAAUUUUCUGUUUUCUUACAGUCAGAGGCGGUGAAAUUCCCGCAAGAAUUUUUUCCAGCUGUUUUUCAGCUGAUCCACACAUUCAAUCUAAACGGUUUAUACGGCUGAAGCUGCUACACGCACGUGCGUAAAAUCGUAUAGACAGUUCUUUUUUUUUGUGGAAAACAGUUGAAAAACAGUUGAAGUAAAUUCAUACUGAAAUUUCACUGCAUGCAUGGACAUUGUAUGGACAUUUUUUUGAGUGACAGGAUUCUCUACGUUUAUGUGCCCUCUGCGACGAGACGACAGAUUUCAGCUGCUGUCUUUUACAACUAGCAAAGGUAAUGUUAAAACUAACGAAGUAAAAGUUUGUAAUAUCAAACAGCAGCAAAACCGACAGAUUUUAUAAGUUCUACCGUGGUACGUUUGUGAAAUAUUAAAUGUGUUUUCCAAAAAGAUGCUAAUUGCAUUGUGUUCUGGAAUUAGUUGUUUACAAAGGCAAAGAUUAAAAUUAAAAAUUACAAAAAUUAAAUUAAAUAAAAAAAAGAAAAAAACAAAAAACGCUUUGUACAGUUAUAUAAAGAACAAAAUAAAAUGUUUGAAUGAAAAUAUGUUUUUAGUGUAAAAGUAUUAAUAAUGCAAUAGCGCUUAGAUAUUAAAUUACAAAAGAAAAAAAACUAAAUUUAAGAAAUAUUUAAACUUGAAGUAAAAAACAAACAGAAAAAUUGCUAAACAAAAAUUAUAAGAAAAAAAAAGUAAAUUUAAAAUAGAGAAUGGAAAAUUAUCACACAAGAACAACAACAACAACAAAAAAACAUUUCAAUGUAAAAAUCAUGAAAAUUAAAAUUAUAUUUUGUUGUUAUGCACGGAACAUUUUCAUUUCAAGUAAGACGAGUUAAAGAAUACUUUUCCGAUUUGUUUCCAAAGCAAAAAUACCAAUCCCUCCGUAACCAACCCUCUACUUAAAGAUCCCCCAACAAAUCCAUUUAGCAAAUACACUACACGCUUUACCGUUUAAAUUUGUUUAAUUGGCAAACACUUGUGGAUGAAU